GCAGUUCUGUUCUUCAGGCGUCUUCUCUGGUGAAACCUAGCACAAGCUCUGGCCUGAUGGAAAGGCCGACUCGUGACACUGCUGGAGCCCUGUCCCGGUACCUGGACAGUGUCCUGACUGCUGCGCCAGAGCUGGCGCGCAGGCAGAACAAGCUGGGAACAAAUCCCGCGGGGAUGGGAGCGGGGGGUGCAGCAGCAGGUGUGCGGAACCCGUGGCCUUCCCCUACCAGCGAGAACCGCCCGCGGCAGGGCUCGUUCUCUGUUUCACCGCCACUCGCGUGUUCCCAGCCUGGCACUGGGAGCCCGGCUGGCUGCGGGGGGCGCUCUCCGUGCGCGGUGCGGGUGCGCGGUGUCCGGUGCCCGCGGCCGGAGCGGUGCCCGCGGCCGGAGCGGCGAUGGACUCCCGCCUGCGGGCCGCUGCGCUCUGGGGGACGGCGCUGGCCGUGGCGGGCGGCACGGUGGCGGUCCUCCGAGCCUGGGCCCGCCGGCGGAGCGCGGUCUCGCUGCCCGCACCAUCUGCAGCCGCCGCUGCCGCCGCCGAUCAGAGCAAAGGACACGGUAAGCAGAUCCUGGUGCUGGGCCUGGAUGGGGCUGGGAAGACGAGCAUUCUCCACUCCCUGGCAACUAACCACGUCAAGCGCAGCGUGGCUCCCACCGAGGGCUUCAAUGCCAUCUGCAUCAACACUGAAGAAUCCCAGAUGGAGUUUCUGGAGACCCAGGGCCUGCUGUCUGCACCUCUGAGAGCAGUGCUGUUGAAUUACUUGGUGAGUGCUGUGCUGCUGUCUUCUCUUCCAGUCGGGGGCAGUGAAUCUCUGCGCUCAUACUGGAAGAUGUACUUGCCCAAAGUGCUGUUGCUGGUCUAUGUCGUGGACUCGGCCGAUCAUGCCCGACUGCCUGUGGCGAAACAGCUGCUUCAUCAGCUAAUCCAGAACAACUCCACCCUGCCUGUGGUAGUUCUGGCCAACAAGCAGGACCUCGAAGGUGCAUAUUGCAUCACUGAUAUUCACGAUGCUCUGGCUCUGUCUGAUAUUGGGGACGAGAGGAAGAUGUUCUUGAUUGGUACCCAUGUGGCAGAAGAUGGCUCUGAGAUCUCCUCCAGCAUGCAAGAUGCCAAGGAGCUGAUAGGGCAGCUGGUUUUGGAAACACAGUGACGGCUCUUUUCUUAAAAUAAACAGGUGUUUGCAGCUGAGGGAGAGCACAUGUUAGUAUAUGGUCAGUUUGCAGUGUGGCAGCUGAAAUUAGCAGAUAUUCUUUCCUGGUGGGUGUGGAAUUCCUCUGAAAGUGGUAUCUAGUUGCUAAGAAAAUCUUAAUUUAUAGUGGUUUGAAAAUACGUUUGAGAAGUAGUCUAUUUUUAGCAUAUUUGUAGGAGAAAAAUAGUCUGUCUCUUAGGCAGCAGAUUUAAGGGAAAAUAUAGCUUAGAUGGGCUAGAUAACUUCACGUCAGGUGGGAAUCAAGCACUGAUUUCCGUGGAAGAAAGUUGCAGCCAGUGAAUUUACCAUGGCUUGAUGUCUCAGGUUAAAGUGAAAUAUGUUUACUUCACAGAUUUUACAGAACCCUUUUAACAGUGGUGUUCUGUUAAAAAUGAGACCUCACUUCUUGACAGUGUCAGAAAUUUAAAGUGCUGCAACUAGUGUUUUUGACAGUGAUAAUUCUGGUUGUGUUGGACCCAGUCGUUAUGGGAGUAGCAAAUUGGUAAUCUCUGGAAAUUGGGUUGGUUACUGUUUCUUUAGUGGGUAAGAACAAGAAAAUGAAAGCAGUAAUAUAUUGUUUCUUUGCCUACAGGCAAAAAACCAAAAUGGUGUAAUUUGAGGUAGUGACUGGAUGCUUUUAAGUUAAAUUGGCAGCAAAGGUGGAGACUUGUCCAUCAGGUUGAGCAGCUUAUUUAAGCUUAGUCCAAGAUGUCCUCGAGCGUGUAGUCUUAUUUGUGAAAACCCUGUUGUUUCUUGACGGUGGUUUCUUUUAGCACAGCAGGUGAGGGAGGUGACAAGCUGCUGAGGAGUGUCACUUUCCCAGUGUCCUCCUAAUUAUACUCAAAGGACAUGACCCAGGAGAAGUCCUGUAAAGGACCAGUUUUGCACCCACAUCUAUUGUACGAGGCUUUUACGGUUUUGUCCUUUGUAACAGAUGCAUAAAGCAGAAAAUUCCACCGUAAA